AGUAGGAGCUUGGAAGAACUUGCUGUCACGUUUAUUUCCGAGACAAUAGAAAGCAUCAAACCGACGCCGUUCAAACCCGCGGUGCCCUUGAAUACACGACAGGAGAUGUUUCAGAAGCAGCAGAAGCUUGAACAGUACAUUACACGGAGCAAGGAGCUUAUUGCGGAGCUCAGCCAGGCGCAGAGCAAGGAAGAAAAAGAAAAUAUCAUGUGCGCUGUUCGUGAGUGGAGCAGGUAUGUGAAGUUCGAACAUUAG